GGCCCCUCGAGUUACCUGGAGGGCAGCCGAGCCCCCACGGUUCGCCCUCACGGGGACCCCUGUGCCUUCUCCCGCGCGCGGGCAGUCAUCCUGCCAGAGAGCAGGCAAGGGCCUUCUCUUAUCUCGAGGGCUCCGGAGAUGGCGCGGGGAGGUGUCCCUGAUGCGGGCGGCGCGACGCCUCCAUGCCCGCGAGGAGGAGGAGGAGGAGGAGGAAGCGGGACUUCCCGACCCGGUCACUUAGUCCCUGCGGAGCAGUAACAAUCGCAACAGUAAUUGCAUCCAGCGGCCGAGCUUCCAUGAACGGCAUUACAAAGUGCUUUCGCCCACUGUAAUCACCGCGCUCUGUUUACAAAGUUUUCACCAGCUCCCGAGGGGUCAUUAUCCCCAUUCUACGUGGGGAGGGGGAGAACUAAGGUCCAGAGGGACUGGAGGACUUGUCAGCAGAAGCAGGCCUCCAGGUUCCAAAUGGGGACUCCAAAGAAGCCAUCACUGCCUCCCACAGAACCUCAAGGCGUGAGGAAGUCGGAGCCUGGCAUCCGGAGCCUCGGGAGCGACGCCGGAGGAAGGCGGUGGCGACUGGCAGCCCAGAGCAUGUUCCAGAUCCCAGAGUUUGAGCCAAGUGAGCAGGAAGAAUCCAGUUUCUCAGAGAGGGGCCUGGGCCCCAGCCCUACGGGCCCCCGACAGGCUCCAGGUCUCUUGGGGGACAUCAGUUACCGGCAGCGGCCGCAGCCAUCGAACAGCAGCCACUAUGGAGGCGGCGGGGCUUUGGAGACCCGGAGUCGCCACAGUUCGUACCCUGCGGGCACCGAAGAGGAUGGAGGCAUGGAGGAGGAGCUCAGUCCCUUCCGAGGCCGCUCGCGCUCGGCUCCCCCCAACCUCUGGGCUGCCCAGCGCUACGGCCGCGAGCUGCGGAGGAUGAGCGACGAGUUUGAGGGUUCCUUCAAGGGGCUUCCUCGCCCAAAGAGCGCAGGCACGGCGACACAGAUGCGGCAAAGCUCCAGUUGGACCCGCAUCAUCCAGUCCUGGUGGGAUCGAAAUCUGGGGAGAGGAGGCCCCGCUCCAUCCCAGUGAUCCUGUGUCUGACAUUCUCGGAACUCCGCCCGCCCGCUCCCGCCAUUAUUAGUGUGGGCGGAAGUCGCCCACGGGCCUUAUGCAAAAAGAAGAUCGUUCUGUCACUUUCGCUGGGAGACCCUCCUGGGUUAAAGAGCUACGAAGUGGGUGGGGUAGAUCCCAUCGGCCGCCGGAAGGGGUCUCAUGGCCCCGCCCUCUGGCGCUGGGCUUCCCCAGGCGCCUGCGCCAAUUUGGGAGCCAGGCUAGAGCAUUUUCCCGCAAGUUAGGGACCAUGAGCGUGACAAACGUGCAAAUAAAGGCUGCGCAUGUGCCGCUGA